AUGAGAGUCCUUCUCCAUCUCUCAGCCCUCCUGGUUUCCCUGAUCGUGCUCCAGGCUGCAGAGUCUGCCAAAAAUGCACAGACCCCCAGAGCCUCUGACAUCUGUGAUGCUGUGAGUCAGGUCAAGGUCCAGGUCAACAAAGCCUUCCUGGAUUCCCGGACCAGGCUGAAGACGGCCAUGAGCUCCAAGACUCCCACCACCCGACAGCUCUCAGAAUAUCUCAAGCAUGCCAAAGGCUGGACACGCACAGCCAUCCGCAGCGGGCAGGUGUGGGAGAGUUCUUUAAAGAAGCUGAGACAGGAGGCAUCCUUGACCAAUGUCACAGACCCCAGCCUGGACUUGACUUCACUGUCUUCAGAGGUGGGCUGUGAUAACCCUGCUCCUGUGGUGAAAUGCGACAUGAGCAGUCCUUACCGCACCAUUACCGGAAACUGUAAUAACAGGAGGAAGCCCGCACUGGGCGCCGCCAACAGGGCGCUGGCUCGCUGGCUGCCUGCCGAGUACGAGGACGGGCUCUCCCUCCCCUUCGGGUGGACGCCGGGGAAGACGCGGAACGGCUUCCCUCUUCCGCUGGCCCGUGAGGUAUCCAAUGAGAUUGCUGGCUAUCUGAACGAGGAGGGUGUCCUGGACCAAAACAGAUCCCUGCUUUUCAUGCAGUGGGGUCAAAUUGUGGACCACGACUUGGACUUUGCCCCUGACACCGAGAUGGGGAGUAGCAACUAUUCCAAAGCCCAGUGCGAUGAGUACUGUAUCCAGGGAGACAACUGCUUCCCCAUCAUGUUCCCACCUGGUGACCCCAAACUAAAGACUCAGGGGAAGUGCAUGCCUUUCUUCCGAGCUGGGUUCGUCUGCCCCACUCAACCCUACCAGUCCCUGGCCCGAGAGCAAAUCAAUGCUCUUACCUCCUUCCUGGACGCCAGCCUUGUUUAUGGUCCGGAACCAAGCUUGGCCAGCCGUCUGCGCAACCUCAGCAGUCCCCUGGGCCUCAUGGCUGUCAACCAGGAGUUCUCGGACAAUGGGUUACCCUUGCUGCCCUUUGUCACCCAGAAGCCAAGCCCCUGUGAACUCAUCAACACCACGGCGAACGUGCCCUGCUUUCUUGCAGGAGAUUCCCGAGCCGCAGAGCAGAUCCUGCUGGCCACUUCCCACACUCUCUUUCUCCGUGAGCACAACCGGCUGGCCAGAGAGCUGAAGACACUCAACCCUCAGUGGGAUGGAGAGAAGCUCUAUCAGGAAGCCCGGAAAAUCCUGGGAGCCUUUGUGCAGAUUAUCACCUUCAGGGACUACCUACCCAUUGUGCUGGGUGAUGAGAUGCAGAAGUGGAUCCCCCUAUACCAAGGCUACAAUGAAUCUGUGGAUCCCCGAAUUUCCAAUGUCUUUACUUUUGCUUUCCGCUUUGGCCACUUGGAGAUUCCCUCCACUGUGUCCCGCCUGGAUGAGAAUUAUCAGCCAUGGGGUUCAGAGUCAGAACUCCCCCUACACACUCUCUUCUUCAACACUUGGAGGAUAGCCAAAGACGGUGGAAUUGAUCCUCUGGUGAGGGGCCUGCUGGCCAAAAAGGCCAAAUUGAUGAAACAGAAUAAAAUGAUGACAGGAGAACUACGCAACAAGCUGUUCCAGCCAACUCAUACCAUCCAUGGCUUUGACCUGGCUUCUAUCAACAUACAGCGUGGUCGGGACCAUGGGCAGCCUGCAUACAACUCCUGGAGAGGCUUCUGUGGCCUCUCACAGCCACGGACACUGGAGGAACUGAGUACCGUGCUGAGGAACGAGAUGCUGGCCAAGAAGUUCCUGGGUCUCUAUGGAACCCCUGACAACAUCGACAUCUGGAUAGGGGCCAUUGCUGAGCCCCUGGUAAAAAGAGGCCGGGUGGGGCCUCUCCUGGCCUGCCUCCUGGGCCAGCAGUUCCAGCGGAUCCGUGAUGGAGACAGGUUCUGGUGGGAAAACCCAGGGGUCUUCACAGAGAAACAGCAGGACUCUCUGAAGAAAAUGUCCUUCUCACGUCUUGUCUGUGACAAUACCCACAUCACCAAGGUCCCACUGAACCCAUUCAAGGCCAACAGCUAUCCCCAAGACUUUGUGGACUGCUCAGGCAUUGAUAAGCUGGACCUCUCACCCUGGGCCUCAGUUGAGAAUUAG